AUGUCUACACUGUCCUACAAAAAACAGGAUGCAUACAGCACGUCUGGUGUGCCUGACAAAAUGGCAGUUUUCCAGGAAUGUCUACAACAGUUUAAUGCUACACCUGUCAAUGCAAAAAAAUGUAGACAAUUACUAGCAAAAUUAUUAAGAUUAAUUUAUAAUGGUGAAGAAUUUCCUGCUCAAGAGUCAACUACAUUAUUCUUUUCUAUAUCAAAAUUAUUUCAACAUAAAGAUGAAUCAUUGAGACAAUUGGUUUACUUAACUAUAAAAGAAUUAUCGCAAACAUCAGAUGAUAUUUUAAUGGUUACUUCAUCAAUAAUGAAAGAUAUUCAAGGUAAUGAUGCCGUAUACAAACCAAAUGCCAUUAGAACUUUGUCAAAAGUCUUGGACCCAACUACUGUCACAGCGGCUGAAAGAUUGUUUAAAAAUGCAAUUGUUGAUAAAAAUCCAAUAGUUUCUUCAGCAGCUUUAAUUUCAUCAUAUAACUUGUUACCGCAUGCUAAGGAUGUUGUUAAAAGAUUUGGGAAUGAAACUUUAGAAACUAUAUCAUCAUAUAAGUCAUUCCCACCAAAUCAAUUUCAAUUACACGAAUAUUAUGGAAAUGCUACUUCUAAUUUACCUUCCACUUCGUAUAUGUAUCAAUAUCAUGCUUUGGGAUUAAUUUAUCAAUUGAGAAAUCAUGAUAAAAUGUCGUUGAUGAAAUUAAUAAGUUCCUUAUCUGAGGGAUCUUCAUUGAAGAAUUCAUUAUCAAUUAUUCAAUUGAUUAGAUAUAUUAACAAAAUUUUAAUUGAUGAUGAGGGUUUAUUUACUCAUUUAUAUCCCAUAUUAGCAGGAUUCUUAAAACAUAAAUCAGAUAUGGUUGAGUUGGAAGCUUGCAAGACUUUAAUCAAUUUACAAUAUUUGUUAAAUGAUGAUCAAUAUAUGCAAAUUGUUACAACAUUGCAAAAGUUAUUAGGUGUCCCAAGAACUGCUACUCGAUUUGCAGCUAUUAGAUUGAUUAACAAGAUCUCUAUCAAACAUCCAGAAAAAAUAUUGGUAAUUAAUUUGGAACUUGAAAGUCUAAUUAAUGAUUCAAAUAGAUCUAUAUCGACAUUGGCCAUUACGACACUUCUCAAAACCAUGGGAGCUGGUACUAUUGAUAAUGGAUCAGGUGAAAGCGUUGAUAGAUUAAUUACCAAGAUGACAUCAUUAAUGGAUGAAAUUACCGAGGAUUUUAAAAUUGUAAUCAUUGAAGCUAUUGAAAAUCUAGCUUUAAAAUUUCCAUCCAAGCAUAAAAAGUUAGUUUCAUUCCUCACAGAUUUAUUAAGAGAUGAUGGUUCAUUAGAAUUGAAAACAACUAUCGUUGAUGCAUUAUUUGAUUUAAUUAAAUUUUUACCAAAUGAAGGAGCUAAACAAUUGAUCUUAAUGAAUCUUUGUGAAUUCAUUGAAGAUUGUGAAUUCACCGAAUUAUCAGUUCGUAUAUUACAUUUAUUAGGAGAUGAAGGUCCAACUACUUCAAAUCCGUCAUAUUAUAUCAGACACAUUUAUAAUCGAUUAGUUCUUGAGAACUCAAUUGUUAGAUCUUCAGCUGUUAUCUCCUUAGCCAAAUUUGCUGCUGUUUGUGGUGGAGAUGUUUCCAAAAAUAUCAUUAUCUUAUUAACUAGAUGUUUGAACGAUGUUGAUGAUGAAGUUAGAGAUAGAGCAGCUAUAUCGUUAAAUUUCAUAAACAAGAAGAAAAAAGACCUAAUUGUUAAUGAUUCCAAAUACGAUUUGAAUGUUUUAGAAAACAAGCUUAUCAACUACUUGAAUACUCAAAAUUUUAAUGAUAAAUUUGAUAUAUCAGAAAUUCCAGCUAUUUCUCAAGAAGAAUUAAAAUCAAUCGAAUACAAUAGAAAAUUAAAUAAAUUAGACCGUGAAAGCAAUGAAUCAAACAUAGAACAACCAGAACCUAAAAAGGAGGAAGUUUCAGAGAAUGCAAAUGAACUCUUAAAACACCAAGAAUAUGCUCAAGAAUUAUCAGCUAUACCUGAAAUUGAACCAUAUGGUAAACUCACAAGAUCCACUACUCCAAUAUAUUUGACAGAUAAAGAAAAUGAAAUUGUCGUAAGUGUAAUCAAACAUUUCUUUAUUGAAUCUCAAAAAUUGGUUUUACAAUAUAAUAUAAAUAAUACUUUACCAAAUAUCUUAUUGCAAGAUUUAUCAGUGAUUGCACAACCAGAUAAUGAUUUAUAUCAAGAAGAUUUUAUAAUUCCUUUGGAAGAGUUAAAACCUGAUGGAACUGGCGUUGUGUAUGUUUCAUUUAGUGCACCAAGUGUUGAAGAAGAUUUAUUAAGUGGAUUCGGAAACACAAUAGUAUACACUAAUAGAGAUUUAGACGAAGAUGGAAAUGUAGAUUCAUCAGAUGAUGGAUGGUCAGAUGAAUAUCAAAUUGAUGAUUUGUAUUUAUUUGCAGGAGACUUUAUCAAUCCUUUAUACAAUUCAAAUUUUACAGAAAUAUUUGAUCAAUUACCUAAUUCAAAUGAUUCAACUGGAUAUAUCCAAGCAGAUUCUUUAGAAGGGGCAGUGAACAAAUUAAGAUCUCAAUUGAAUAUGUUGCCAUUAGAUGGAUCAGAUUUUGUUGCAAAUGAUUCUAAUUCUCAUACCUUAAAAUUAUUAGGUAAAGAUGUUUGGGGAGGUAAAGUUGGAUUAUCCAUAAGGUUAGCUAAAACUGGUGGUAAAAUCGUUGGUAGAAGUGAAAUUAAAACAGAAACCGAAAAUUUUGGAACAAUUGUGUCAAGUAGUAUAUAUGAUUAA